GAAAUUCAAACGAACACCUGCUGCUGCUGAUUAGGGGCGGGGAGUGUCUGUUGAAGUUAUUUGGACAGCUACUAAUUCAGCGGGACGCGGAUGUUCCGAUAGUCUUUUGUUCGCUGCCAUGGCCGAACCACGAAGAGUUCAACUGACUACUCUGUCCAGUAAUGUCCCCCUGCAGUCAGCCGUGGGGGUCAUUAAACCAGCGUUACCCCCUAAAGAGGAGCUCACCGUUACUCCAGUAGCUGCGUCGACCUCAACUUCCCGGGGAAGUCCAACCAAACAACCUGUAGCCACAUCCAACUCGUCUUCUCAGGGUACUUCAACCAAACUGGUUAAGACCGAACGCUUUGUCCUGACGUUGUUUGAGCCAGACCAGCAUAGGUGUCCUGAGUUUUACUACCCUGAACUUGUUUACAAAAAGAAGAGCGUUUCAGACAAAGAUCUACCAAACACAAUUGAGCAGGAGAACAGAGAGAAGGAUGAACUUGGAGCAAUCGCCAGGAGAUUCGAGGAUAAAUAUGGAUGUGGGAACAAACGUAAGAAGGAUCGUAUUCAGGAUCUAGUGGAUAUAGGCUAUGGUUAUGACAACGAAGACUCUUUCAUCGACAACUCCGAGGCAUAUGAUGAGUUGGUCCCAGCCUCUCUGAGCACCAAGCUGGGAGGGUUCUAUGUCAACUCUGGACCUCUCCAGUUCCGCCAGGCCUCUGAUACGGAGACAGACGAUGACUUCAUGACCAAGAACCAACAACCCAAGCCCCCUAAAAAACGCAGGAAGCAAGAGGGAGAAGUGAAGAGGAGGAAAUACCCUGGACAGGUGGCGACUGCAAACCCCACGGUGUCAAACACUGGUGUUCUACCUGACAAGAACAUGUGGGAGGAGAAACCGAAGAAGAAGAAAAGGAAGAAGCCUGCUGGUCCUCUGAGUGUCACAGACAUGUUGAGAAAGUUCCAGAAACAGAAAGACAAAGAGAAACUAAAAAGAGAGAGAGAGCGAGAGCAACAGAAGUUUGGUCUGGAGAAGACUACACUACCCACAACCCCCUAUGUUUCUGCAGACCCUGCUGGGGGCGGCGCCAACAUGGCGGACCCUCUGCUCAGCUUGAUCGGAUCGACCAAUGACAGGGCGUUUCUCCAGGCAGCCAGCACUGUGGACUUUGACCUCGAUCUAGACACCCUAUUGGACGCCUCCGCUGAGACGCUGGCCAAUCAGGUAGUCGUUGCCAUGACCUUAACCAAUCAGGAGGUCAACGCCAAGACCUUGGCCUACAAGGAAGUGAACGGACUCUGUGGCGGUGCAGGUGGUGACCCCCCUACUUCCACCCUGGAGAGCCACACACAGACCCCCAUCGACCCUGUCCCUCACCCCCAGGACCAGAUUGACCUAGUCUUUGAAUCCAUCAACAAGCCCCAGGCCCCAAAACCAUCUACACAGCCAGUCUCUGACCCACAGGUCCAGCCCCCGCCACAGCCCACUCCCCUGCCUGAAGGUCUGUCACCAGCCAUGGAGAGGAGAGCUCAAGACCUGGCCCUGGCUGCUAAGGGGUUGGAGGGAGAGUCAAAGGUCAAGUUCUUCACACCAGAGGUCAACGCCAUCCUACUGGACAUUGAGCUGCAGUGCAGAGAUGUGAGUGGCCAGGUGCGUUCUAAGGUGUACACACACCUUGCUUCAUUCCUCCCCUGCAGCAGAGAGACACUGCUGAAACGGGUCAAGAAACUACUGCUGACACAGGAGGAGCCUCUCCAGAGGUUGAGGCAGGCAAUCGGCAAGGCGAUGCCGGAACAGAUCUCCCGUUACCACGACGACUGCCAGGCCCACGCCCAGGCCAGGGCCGCUAAGAUGGUGGAGGAGAGUAAAGGGCGAGAACAGAAGGAGAACACAGGAUCAGAGGAGGAGGAGGAGGGGGAGGAGAGGAGUGGUAAACGAGUGGUGGGCCCCAGGAAGAAAUUCAAAUGGAACCAAGAGAUCAGGGAGUGCCUGUGCAGUGCGGUUCGGGUGAGGAUGGAUAGAUUCGAAGUGGAGAAAGGGAAAGGUGAGACGCAGGGACCGGAGGAGUUCCUGAAAGCUUUCUUGGACACGGAGAUCAAAGCCCUCUGGCCUAAAGGCUGGAUGCAGCCCAGAGUGCUGCUGAAGGAGAGUAGAAGGGUCCACUGCCCCACUGCACCUCUACAGCAAGUGAAGAGGAAGUCGGUGAAGAAACAGUCCUCUUUGGGCAGUGCUCCAACUCUUCCAGGGACCUCCAGUGGGCCUGGGGAGCCUCAGGUUUUCCUAGGAGUUCAACCCCAGAACGGUUCUCCUCUUUUGGCCUUAGGCAUAUCCACAACCCGCCAGAAUCUAGAUGACUCUCUGGACCAGGGUCGCAUCCUCACACCCCCCUCUUUAGGGGUUGUGAAGGAGGAGCUACCUGAGCUAAGGGGGGAGGAGAGUUGCCGGUCUGAUUUUGGUUUCCCCAUCGCUGUGUUGACCCCCUACGAUGAUUUGAAGCCUUUGCCUGUCAGCAUGUCAGCCAAUGCCAACACACAUGCUCAGUCAACGACCGCGAACACACCCCCUCAGGCGAACACUCCCUCCCAGUCGUCUCUGACCGUGCUCGCUAACCAGGCGCUGGCGCAAGUCCACAUCCACAAAGACUACAUUUCCCAGGGGCACCUAGCAUUGACGCAGGACCUUUCACUCCAGAAGAACCACCCUCCUCCACCACAGAAGAAGAAGAAACGGGUUUCUGAGGUGUCUGCACGGAGCUUGCCCGCUCCGGGACACAAGCCCGCUCCGGGACACAAGCCCGCUCCGGGACACAAGCCCGCUCCGGGACACAAGCCCGCUCCGGGACACAAGCCCGCUCCGGGACACAAGCCCGCUCCGGGACACAAGCCCGCUCCGGGACACAAGCCCGCUCCGGGACACAAGCCCGCUCCGGGACACAAGCCCGCUCCGGGACACAAGCCCGCUCCGGGACACAAGCCCGCUCCGGGACACAAGCCCGCUCCGGGACACAAGCCCGCUCCUGGUCUUCCUGGAAUCCCUCUACUCCAUGCCCUGGGUUUCCCGCUCUCCGACUUCGGUCCAGGAACCAUGGGAAUGCUGACCCAGUCACAACAUUCCAAAGACGCCCUGGUCACCGGCACCACUCCCGGAACGUUCCACCACGGACUCACGCACAAUGGCAGCCAGCUGGUGGGAGAGGGACCCAACACUCAGAGAAAACUACAGUGAACAUCUAGAAUGGACACGUGCAGUAAAAAUGGGGGGGGAGACUUGUGAAAAGAAAUGGAGAACUGGAUGUAAAGGCCUAUUGAGCCUGGAAUAAUGAUCUUGGAAUGGACACCUAUAAGGCAUUGGAACUUCUGAGCCCCUGCUGAACAGAUUAGAUGGAACGCUCCUAGUCAGCAAUGGGAUGGGGUGAAACGUUUUUAAAUGGGUCACAGAGCUGCAUGUAUAUCCCUGGCUAGCACAGUGGUGUUAUGAGGAACUUACUGAAGUCAAGUGUUCUUGCCAUAUUAAAUUAUUACUGAUAGUUCGGUCAUUCAAAUCAUGUAACCACGUUGGUAGCACGUUGUAAUAAAGCAUUUAAAAUGAAA